ACGGCUCACAGCAAUGCCCAAAAAGGGUGAAGAUAGUAAAAAUACAAAUAGCUAAAGUGAACGGUUCCACGUCUGUUUUUCAGCUGAUGGAGCUCUCUUUCUCUCUUAGCUAGCUGCUCUUUCUGGCUGUCUGUGUAGUUACUGUACAGCCCAGAAUGGUGUUAAGAGUAAGUGGCAGGAGGAGCGUUGUGUGGGGCUGGCUACUCCCGGUCUCCUGCUUUCUGCUGUCUGUCUGUUCACAUGAGCAGGCAGCCCAAGAACACCCACCGGAGAUUCACCAUCCAAACAUGCACCUGGACAAGAACAUGGUCCAUGACAGAGAACACAUCAUGGAGCAUCUGGAAGGUGUGAUUGACAAACCUGAGUCGGAUAUGUUGCCACAGGAGCUGCAGUUGCACUACUUUAAGAUGCAUGACUAUGAUGGCAACAACUUACUGGAUGGGCUGGAGUUGGCCACAGCCAUCACUCAUGUACACAAAGAGGAAAGAGGAGAGGAAAGCCAGCCUAUGAAAGAGGAAGACCUCAUUAGCCUUAUAGAUGACGUUCUAAGGGAUGAUGACAAAAACAACGAUGGGUACAUAGACUACGCCGAGUUUGCCAAGUCCCUGGAGUAGAGGAGAGAUGCUGCCUAACUGCUGAGACCUCUCUCAGUGCACUGCACAUAACCACGCCACUUUUCAUCUCAAAGCAAAAUCUCUUGUUUAUUUACCUGAGCCAGUGUACAUGUCUCACGCUCUCUGGUGCUAUCACUAUCCUUUAUCCAUCCAGACAGCAUACCAGGGGUGGACAAACUUUUUGGCUCGAGGUCCACAUCGGGAGUUCAACGGAGGGCUGCACAGAUUUUUUUUGGGACUGAUUUUCAGGUUAGCAAAAGGGCAGUAAUUUAGAAAUUAUAAUGGCCCUAUAUAUUUUCAUCUCAUUUUAACCCAAAAUACCCCCCCCUUUGAAAUCACCCCUGAGAUAGAUACAGCUGAACUCGGAAGUUUGCAUGCACCUUAGCCAAAUACAUUUAAACUCAGUUUUUCCACAAUUCCUGACAUUUAAUCCUAGUAGAAAUUAUCUGUUUUCGGUCAGUUAUGAUCACCACUUUAUUUUAAGAAUAUGAAAUGUCAGAAUAAUAGUAGUGAUUUAUUUCAGCUUUUAUUUCUUUCAUCACAUACCCAGUGGGUCAGAAGUUUACAUACAGUCAAUUAGUAUUUGGUAGCAUUGCCUUUUAAUUGUUUAACUUGGGUCAAAUGUGUCAGGUAGCCUUCCACAAGCUUCUCACAAUAAGUUGGGUGAAUUUUGGCCCAUUCCUCCUGACAGAACUGGUGUAACUGAGUCAGGUUUGUAGGUCCCCUUGCUCGCACACGCUUUUUCAGUUCUGCCCACAAAUUUUGUAUGGGAUUGAGGUCGGGGCUUUGUGAUGGCCGCUCCAAUACCUUGACUUUGUUGUCCUUAAGCCAUUUUGCCACAACUUUGGAAGUAUGCUUUGGGUCAUUGUUUAUUUGAAAGACCCAUUUGCAACCAAGCUUUAACUUCCUGACUGAUGUCUUGAGAUGUUGCUUCAAUAUAUCCACAUUAUUUUCCAUCCUCAUGAUGCCAUCUAUUUUGUGAAGAGCACCAGUCCUUCCUGCAACAAAGCACCCCCACAACAUGAUGCUGCCACCCCCGUGCUUCACGGUUGGGAUGGUGUUCUUCGGCUUGCAAGCCUCCCCCUUUUUCCUCCAAACAUAAGGAUGGUUAUUAUGGCCAAACAGUUCUAUUUUUGUUUCAUCAGACCAGAGGACAUUUCUCCAAAAAGUACAAUCUUUGUUUCUAUGUGCAGUUGCAAACUGUAGUCUGGCUUUUCUAUGGCGUUUUUGGAGCAGUAGGUUCUUCCUUGCGGAGCGGCCUUUCAGGUUUUGUCGAUAUAGGACUCGUUUUACUGUGGGUAUAAAUACUUUUGUACUUGUUUCCUCCAGCAUCUUCACAAGGUCCUUUGCUGUUGUUCUGGGAUUGAUUUGCACUUUUCGCACCAAAGUACUUUCAUUUCUAUGAGACAGAACGCUUCUCCUUCCUGAGAUGUAUGGUGGCUGCGUGGUCCCAUGGUGUUUAUACUUGCGUACUGUUGUUUGUACAGAUGAACGUGGUACCUUCAGGCAUUUGGAAAUUACUCCCAAGGAUGAAGCAUACUUGUGGUCUACAAUUUUGUUUUUGAGGUCUUGGCUGAUUUCUUUUGAUUUUCCCAUGAUGUCAAGCAAAGAGGCACUGAGUUUGACGGUAGGCCUUGAAAUGUAUCCACAGGUACACCUCCAAUUGACUCAAAUGAUGUCAAUUAGCCUAUCAGAAGCUUCUAAAGCCAUGACAUCAUUUUCUGGAAUUUUCCAAGCUUUUUAAAGGCACAGUCAACAUGGUGUAUGUAAACUUCUGGCCCAUUGGAAUUGUGAUACAGUAAAGUAAUCUGUCUGUAAACAAAUAUUGGAAAAAUUACUUAUGUCAUGCACAAAGUAGAUGUCCUAACCGACUUGCCAAAACUAUAGUUUGUUAACAAGAAAUUUGCGGAGUUGUCAAAAAACAAGGUUAAUUGACUCCAACCUAAAUGUAUGUAAACUUCCAACUUCAACUGUAUAUAUAUUAUUACAGAAACUGCCAAAUUUGUCUGCUGUAUGCUCACAACUAAAUGAGUUCAGUCAUGUUGGAAUUUAAUAUUUACCUAAGUGAUGCCUUGCUGUAAGAUUAUGGACCAAUAUAUUUAAGUUAGGCCAUUAACGACAACUGCCUGUGGUCCUUAACUUUAAGUGUGGCCUUUACUAUGACUCAUGGUGGGAAUUAUAUGGCUCAGAAGCAGCCUAAUGUACCACAGAAUAAAUAUGAGAGUGUGGGAAUGGCAAAGCAGGUUUGGAGGAUUUGUCUGAUCACAGAAACACGCUAUGAACAGUGUUGCGUACAGUUGGAACAAAACGGAAGACAGUGUUUUGAAACCGAGGAAGUAAUACCUCGGCUAGUCCUAUAAGUAUGCUCAUUCUUGUUUUCAAAACACUUUCUCCUAUUUGUUUGUACAUCAACGCGACCCAGGUAAGAUAAACGCCACGCACGUUACAGGCCUGGUUCUGGUCAAACACAGGCAAUAACAAAUUAGUACUUUUUCUGCUGAUCACUACAUGCAUCCUUAACGUGGUCUGUUACCCACCUAUCUGAAUGCUCAACUCCGCUUCCAGUUUACAGCAGGGCUGAUACUCGAGAUUAGCAGAAUCUGAAUGUAAUACCGGAGCUGUGUUGUGCUGCGCAUUGUGAUUUCUUUGUCACUGGAUUCAGUUGACUUGCAGCACUGUGAGAUCUCUGGGUGAUGCCAUUACUCAAGGGACAACUUAAUUUGACAGAUGUGCUAUAAGUAGAAUGCAUGGUUGUGUUGCUAUAAAUGUUAGCUGCCUAUUGAAGUGACAAUGUUAUGCGUAGGUACACCUCACUUGAUUUCC